AUGUGCUUCGGCAAGAAGGACAACUACGACCCGACGGCCGAGCCGCCCAGGCCCGCCGGCGGCGUCAACAACAACCCCUCUUACCAGUCGCAGCCGGCAUCGUACAGCAACAACAACAACAACGAGAAGAAGUCGGCGGCGGCGGCAGACUACGCGCCGCCCUCGGGCCCGCCGCCAUCCCACGCCGGGCCGUCGUCGUCGUCCUCGACAUCGUACGCCCCGCCGCCCGGCCCGCCUCCGGCCAAGGACUACGCCAAGGCCCAGCCGUACGUCGACGUCACCGACAACGACUUUGCUCCGCCUCCCGGACCGCCGCCCGGCGCCGGUGCCAGCAGCAGCAUCGGCAGGAACGACGACUUUGCGCCACCAGCAGGUCCGCCGCCCGGCAGAGCGAACGGCGGCGGCGGCGGCGGCGACGACUUUGCGCCGCCGCCGGGUCCGCCGCCGGGAAAGAAGGAGGAGGGCGGCCCCGGCUCGGCGCAGCAGCACGACUGGCAGUCGGCCGUGCCGGACACGUCGCUCUUCCCGCCCCCGCCGGCGCUCUUCUCGGGCUUCGACCGCUCGCCGGCCAACAACGCGACCGAGGCCCAGGCCGAGGCCGGCACGCGCUGGUGCGACGAGUACCCGCUGGCGCCGCCGGCGCAGCGCCUCAGCGCCGAGGAGCUCGGCGCGCUCGAGUACCACAACCUGACGCUCGUGCAGCCGCCCAACUUCAAGGGCGAGCUGCGGCGCACGAGCGCGGGCUGCUGGGAAGGCAGGUCGCUCGACGGCGCGCCGGACGCGUGCCUGCUGGCCUACCCGCCGCUGUACGCCGUGGCGCACCACUCGCCGCUGCUCGACGGCGGCCGCCGCACGCGGACCAUCUACUACGAGGUGCGGGUACUGCCCGGCCACGGCCGCGGCGCCGAGGUCACGCUGGCCAUGGGCUUCAGCGCGCUGCCCUACCCGGCCUUCCGGCUGCCCGGGUGGCACCGCGGCAGCCUGGCCGUGCACGGCGACGACGGGCACAGGUACGUCAACGACAUGUGGGGAGGCAAGAGCUUCACGGCGCCGUUCCGCAAGGGCGAGACGUACGGCGUCGGCAUGCGGUUCCGGGCCGGCGCCGAGGGCCGCGGCGGCAUCGACGCCGAGGUGUUCUUCACCCGCGGCGGGCAGGUCGUCGGCUCCUGGGACCUGCACGAGGAGACGGACAGCGACCAGGACUUGCCCGUCACGGGGCUCGAGGGGUACCACGACCUGUGCGCUGCCGUGGGCGCGUUUGAGCGCGUCGGGUUCGAGGUUGUGUUUGACGAGGCGAGGUGGUUGUAUAAGGGGCAGUGA